UAUGGCUAGUGUUGACAUCAGCGGCCAUUCCAGUUUAUGCUCUCGCGUCGUGUGGUUGUGAUUGUGCUAUGAAGAGAAAAGUUUAGAGUGAGUCAUCAAGGAAGUUACUCGAAACAGUCAGUGUUGUUUAAAGUGUUCAUGCUGGAUAUGAGUUAAGUAAAUUAACUCGAACUUAAAUUUAUAUUGUUUAGUUGUGUUUUUGUGAAUUGUUUCUUUACAUCAAAAGUAAAAUCUAUUAACCUCAACAUAGACACUAUGGCAACAGAUGCUCAAAGGUUAAUAACAAUUUCUCUCACCAAGAUUGCUCAGUCACGCUCUCAAAGAGGAGGUGUUAGCCUGCAUAAGAAUUUACUGGUGGCAACUGUUCUCCAAAAAGCAAGGUUCAUCUUCAUGGAAGAAGCUUUCAACAUGGUCAACGGUCCUUCUACUUCUGCUGGAGGAUAUGCUGCAAGCACACCAGAGGUUCAGGAGUACAGCUACAUCGAUGACGACAAUUUGGUUGCACUAACAGCAGAAGAAGCUGGUGUAGGAGUCUCUUCUUCACAGCCUUCCUCUGAAGCAGAAUCUGCAUCAGGUGAUUUGAGUUUUUUACAAUCACCCAUCACUUAUGUAAGAUGUCCUGAAGCAUUGGAAGCAAACAAAGAAAACCAUGCGCCUUCACCAUACUGCCCUCAAACUGGAGAAGCUCCAACUUACCUUGAUUUGGAUAAGGCACCUAGAGAACAAAGUGUUGUAAUCCUCAGAGAGAGAUCUUCCCCCUGUUCAUCUUCAAGGUGCCUGAAAAGAAGAAGAGCUGUUGCUGAGUGGGAAACUGAAGAAGCAGUACUCUCAAUUCUUCCGAAGAGACAUAAGUCAGGUCUGGAGCACGAGAGCGGUGAUGAUUCCGUUUUCUUGGACGAUUCGACUCUGCUGUCCGACUGCGAAGAAGUAGGUGAUGGAAGUUCGACAACUAUGGAAAUAGACCGCAUCACAAGUUUGGUUUCCAUAUUUAGUUUUGGUGGACUGAGUGCAACUGCUGGUGGAAGUGCAACCGACCUGAGUACGACUUCAGGACUGGGUAAGCUGACUAGAUCGACUUCAACACCUGACCUCUGUUCAGCACAAGCAAAAGAAAGCGUUGAUGCAUUACAGCAAAGGCCUUUCCUUGCUAUGACAGUAUAAAUAUACAUUAAUUGACGAUAUUUGUAAAUUAUUUUAAUUUUAAGAAUUGUCCAUUUUUCUUAAAUGUAGAGAUUUGUUGUUAAAGUAUGGCCUAUUUGGACAGUCAGUCUUGUUAAUAAAUUAUUAAAAAUUCACUAAAUUAAAGUGAAUAUAAUGUUUCUUACUUUGUAAUUUUGCUAUUUGUACUUUAGUUUUAACAAAUAACUGAGGUUUUGAAUCAAAUUCAAUCUAAUUUACUAGGCUACCUGAUUAAUGAAUAUCCUAGGUCUUAAUCUAGGACUAACAAAUAUUUCAAUGCUAAAAUAACUUUAUUCAUUUAGCUCAAAUGUGCUGAUCUAGUGAUUAACCUAGGGAUAUUACUGUCCAAACUAAAUACUUUUACUAGGCCUAGGCCUAUUAUUGUAAUUUUUUAUUGAAAGAGGAACCAAUUGAUCAAAACAAAAAGGAGAAAUUUAUUUUAUUUAAAAUUUAAUUCUUUUAGAUAUUAUUAGUAUGUAUAAAGAAAAUUAGCUGAUGCCAAAUCCUCUAUAAAUGUAUCUUAUUGUUUCACUACAAUUCAAUAAUGACACACUGUACGUUUUUGAAGCUGUAUGAGUGUAGUCUAUUUAUUCCUGUAGUGAAGUUGAACAUAAAGAAAGCUCUAUACAAUAGUUUUAUUACUGUGUUUGUUUAUCCAUGCUUGUAUGAGCGUAAAUGUUUCAAGGUAGGCCUAGAAACGAAAUCUUUUCAUUUUAAUGAAAUGCUGGACUGGCCGCCCAUCGAAGUUACCAACGGGCCUUUACUUUUAUACAAAGUUAAAUCCUUUAAAUAUUUUUGUAUUUUGGUAAUUCUACCAAUGUGAUAUAAGUGAGAAUAUCUUUUUUUUAUUGCACAUAUUUUAUAUUGUUCUGAAAAUAUGUUAUUGUAAAUAAUUCUUGUACAUAAAAGUAAAUGUUUUAUUGUAACGUAGCUACAUAAAUAUCCAGAUUAAUAUAUCUGGUAAGGGGAGCAGAGGCCAAGAAACUCGUAGUCAGUUGAGGAUGUUGCCAAUUUCGUCUUAGGUCCAGUAAAUUUUCUAAGUUUUUAUCAUGAUACUUAAUUGGUGGCCUUUGCGAUUUACUAUUGUUUUUUGGGAAAUUGUCAAAGUAAAAAUAUCCAAACUUGUUUUCAUCCUGUCGUAACUUAGUGACUUUAUUCUGUUGAAAGUCACUAUCAUCUUUACCUUAUAUUUUUUAUUGUUCUAAAAUUUGUAAUGUUUCACUAUGUUUUUACUGUUACUACUGUUAGUUAUAUAGGUGACAUUGUUUACUAUUCUGAAAAUAAUAUCAAUUAAUGUUGAAAUUCAUUAAAAGAAAUAACGUUUUUAUUUAAGACAAUUAUUUUUUUGUACUUGUGUUGACAUGCACAAUUUUGUAUAAAGUUCAGCUCUGUUUUAAGAGACUGUUGUGUAUUUUUGUAAAUAAACUGAUAUGAUUUGCUAUAUUAAAUAAAAAAUGACUAUCCUGAA